AUGUCCGCCAAUCCCAUCAACAUGUCCAUCCGCACAGUCAUGUCUCUCACCCGCCUGAACCCCGUCGCACCCACUCUCGCCAGCACCCUCCGUCCCCUCCAAAGAACCCAAUUCACACGCCUCAGCUCGACAACAGCUCGCCCAGCCGCAGCACUAACCUCCGACUCCCGACCAAAUGCCAGAACCGCAUUCCCAUCACCCAUCGCCCUGCGCGCGAACUCGACUGCGGCCCCGCAGACAAACCAGGAAGUCAAGCUCGACUGGGACUCCUUCUUCAAGCUCCGCGCUUCCCGCCGCCGAUACUCGCUCGUCUCCUCGGUUGCCAGCUCGCUCGCUAGCACCAGUAUCGGUGUGCAGGUGCUGUCCAGUCAGGAUCUUGAGCACCUAGGUGCAUCGGUUAUGGGUUUGGACCCGUUUAUCGUGCUUGGGCUUGCGACUGCUGCUUGCGGUGCUGUUGGGUGGUUGCUUGGACCGGCUGUUGGGAAUGGGAUUUGGGGGCUUGUGUACAGGAAGUACAAGCCUUCUGUUAACACGAAAGAAAAAGAGUUCUUUGAUCGUAUCCGUCGGUUCCGUGUUGAUCCUUCGACCAACUCGAUCUCCAACCCGGUUCCUGACUACUAUGGAGAGAAGAUUGGUAGUGUUCAGGGAUACCGCAAUUGGUUGAAGGACCAGCGGGCUUACAACCGCAAGCGCCGUAACUUCAUUGUUUAA